AUGUCAAGGCCUCAAUUGACUUUACAGCUUCCAUGGGUCGAGAAGUAUCGACCCCAGAAGCUCCGAGAUAUAGUAGGUAACGAGGAAACAGUCGAAAGAUUGGAACAAAUCGCCAAGGAUGGUAAUAUGCCACAUAUGAUCCUAUCAGGUUUGCCGGGCAUUGGUAAGACAACCUCGAUUCAUUGUCUCGCACAUGAACUUCUGGGGGACUCGUUCUCGCAAGCGGUGCUCGAGUUAAACGCGUCGGAUGAUCGAGGUAUAGAUGUCGUGAGGAACCAAAUCAAACAUUUUGCCCAAAAGAAGUGCCAUCUACCGCCAGGGAAGCAUAAGAUUAUCAUCUUGGAUGAAGCUGAUUCGAUGACGGCCGGCGCUCAGCAAGCUUUGAGAAGAACAAUGGAGUUGUAUUCUAACACUACCAGAUUCGCUUUUGCCUGCAAUCAAUCCAACAAGAUUAUCGAGCCCCUGCAAAGCAGAUGUGCCAUUUUACGUUAUUCCAAACUUUCUGACGAACAAGUGCUGAAGAGAUUGUUGACCAUCAUCAAGGCAGAAAAAGUUGAGUGUACGAACGAUGGGCUGGAGGCGAUCAUUUUUACUGCCGAGGGAGAUAUGAGACAGGCCAUCAAUAACUUGCAAAGUACGGUUGCCGGCCAUGGUUUGGUCAGCGGUGACAACGUUUUCAAGAUCGUCGACUCGCCUCAUCCUUUGAUCGUCAAGAGAAUGCUGUUAGCAGAAACGCUAGAAGAAUCCAUUACCCACCUAAAGAAUGACCUUUGGGACAAAGGGUACUCUGCAGUAGAUAUCGUGACUACGUCCUUCCGCGUAGCCAAAUCUCUUUACCAGUUGAAGGAGGCUCAGAGGCUAGAAAUGAUCAAGGAAAUCGGCAUUACUCACAUGAGGAUACUGGAAGGUGUCGGUACAUAUCUACAAUUGGCCAGUCUCUUAGCUAGAAUACAUAAACUGAAGUAA